UAGCAAAAGUGAUUACUUUAAAAAGAAAGCCGUAAGAAUUAGAACCCAUUAAGAACCCAAGACCCUAGAAAGGUAGAAAGCUCAGCCCAAAACCUUGGCUGUGAAACCAAACUGAAAACGAGACGAACCCAGAUGAAGGAAGGAUUACGGGAAUAAAGAGAACCAGUAUUGAAUUAGCAGUGGCGAUCAUGCUAAUUCUGUUCUGAAUGAUGGUGGAUGAUCUGAUCAGGCGAUCGAUGGUUUCCACGGUGGAGCCUUUAAUUCCUCUCCCACCCAAAAGUUGUAGAUCACCGCUUGCCACGUCAGGGAUGGAAAGAUUUCAAGAGGCAGUUUGAGAGUGAGCGAUGAUGUCAUCCCAAGAUGAGAAGUGGGUCCCAGACUUGAUUGCAUGCAAAGUAGAUGUGAUCCGAUGUCGCAAAGUUGGGCCCGUUCAAACCAAAAAUUUAAUUGGGCCAAAUGAGGCCUAUUCUCAAAGAUAAAAGUUUGAAUUUGAAUUAUAUCUGUGGAUUGUGGAUUGAGAUCUCAUUUACGGUUACAGAGUGAGGCGGGAGAGAGCGAGAGGAGGUUCGAGACGAAUCAUGAGUCCAGCAAACGCGACGGAGAUCGAAAUCGCAGGUGGAGAUAAGUUCCAGGUGGGGAAGAUAUACGAUGUUAAGCUGACGACUGGAUUCGAGUUCAAGGGAUCGUCUUGGCGUAUGAUCCUGAUCCACCAUAGUUAAAAUUAAUCAUCACCGUAGUUUUUUUUCUUAUCUCUUCGACUUCGUCUAGUUGAGAACAUCGUUGGAGAUUCUUUUAGGUGGCUUUUGCUUCUUGCGCUUGAAAUUUUUUUGUUUGUUCCUUGACGUGGAUUUUACAAGAGGGAACGAUUCCGGAAACUGGAGAUUCGAUGAAUACACGAAUGGUGAAUGAUAAUUUCAUAUCGACGCUUACGUAUUUAGGGAAGUGUGAGGAUCCGCUCGCUUCGAAAGAGCGUUGGAUUGAUCUCUCUGGACUCGAAGAGAAAGAGGCGAUCGCUAUUAGGGAAAUCGAGAGCAUUGGUGUUGGUGUUACCGCAGAGGCGCAGAAGGUCUUCAACGACUUGUCUAAGUCGUAAGGAUCUUUUGAAUCUUUUUUCUUUUGUGGUGGUUGAGAAAGCGUAGAGUAUAUAAACUUGAAGAGGAAAAUCGAAAGCAUUGGUGUUGGUGUUGUAGAAGAGGCGCAGAAGAGCUUCGACGCUUUCUCUAAGACGUACCCUAUGGAGCAAGAUUUGGUUGUGGAGAUUCUCCCCUUUCCAGUUAUGAGGGCACAAAUUGUAGCUGUCAACAUGGCCUUGAAGAAGAAGAUUUUUGCGCAGAAGAGUUCUCGUGCAAGUAAUGGAGUGUACUUCUUCAUGGACGACAAAAUGAAGAAGGUGGCAGUCUUCAAACCGGAAGAGGAAGAAGAUGAGGGAGAUGGUCGUUGGAGGAAAGGAGAAAAAGCCAACAGAGAGGUGGCUGCAUAUUUGUUGGAUUUGCCCAAGGACAGAGAAGGAGAUGGAUUCGGAGGUGUCCCUCCAACAACAAUGGUUCGUUGCGUGGACUUCAAAGGGGACAGAGAGAAAAGGUGGAUAAAAGGAUCGCUACAGCAGUUCAUUCCAAACCAGAAGUGGUAUGUCCAUGGUGAGAGCAGUGAUGAUAUUUUCAGUCUCCCAGAUUUCCAGAAGAUGACACUUCUGGAUAUCCGAUAUGGCAACACGGACAGAAACCAGGACAACAUACUUAACAAAGGAGGCAAGUUGAUUCCUAUAGACCAUGGAGAGUGCUUUCCCAAAGAGUUUUAUGCUAGCAGGCUUGAUUGGACAAUAUGGAAGAUGGCAGUGAUCCCGUACUUGCCUGAGAUGGUCGAGUAUGUGAAGACUUUGGACGUGGACAAAGAUUUGGAGAUUUUGAGAACAAAUGGCAUAGAACUGGCAGAUAGAGCUAAGUUUGUCUUCAGAAUUCAACACAUGGUGUUGAAACUAGGUGUUUUAGGGGGCUAUGUCCCCAAAGACAUUGGAGACCUGUUAAUCCGAGGUCUCGGUACACUCUAUUAUAACUGCAUGGCACGCUGUACUGACGUAACUCUAAUAUUGAACUCUUUAGAAGACAGUAUAAAAGACGCUUUGCAGUUUACUAGAGACUCAAGGACUGAAACAGAGUCGAUGGCUCAGAGAGAGUCGAUGGCUCAGAGAGAGUCGAUGACUCAUAGAGAGUCGAUGCUUAGCAGAGAAGAGAGAAAAACAGAGACCAAACCUCGAGAAAGCAUAUUCCGUCGAACAUUACGCCUCCGAUCGCAGGUUGAUGGGAUUAAGGAAGUGGACAAGGAGAAGAGUUCAACAAGAACUGUGAGCUCCAGAAGUGCAUACCUUCACAACAUAAAAGAAGAGGCGAUCGCUACUAGGGAAAUCAAGAGCAUUGGUGUUGGUGCUACCGCAGAGGCACAGAAGAUCUUCGAUGCUUUCUCUAAGACGCUUCCUGUACAGUGGGUAAACAAAGACAUUCUGGUAUCGGGAGAAGUGCGUAUCUGUAGCCCUUACCAUGAUGAUUGUGUCACUGGAGGAACUACUACUGCCAGGGAUCAAAUAAAGGCUGUGCUGAAGCAGGUGAGACAGGAGUUGCAACUUGGCACUGGAGACAACUGAAGUAGGAUAAAGCCGCUACUUUCCAGAGAAAUACUCUAGACUUGUUGGUACCUUGUGUAAAUUUGCUGAUUCAUGAUCGCAGAGUUUACUUGGGUGUUGAAAAAGAACACAGAGAGUGUUAAAGUUUUCUUCUGUAUAGCAAAUUUGAAUAUCCAAAACAAUACAUGUUUAGAGGCA